UAUACCGGCCCGAUAAGUAAUUACAAGAAGGUAGGGAAUAAGGAAAGAAGGUUUAGAGCUAGCUUCUUGAAGCAGCACCAAAUUUUCUUGUACAGAUAUGUAUUUGAUUGGGAAAUUUAGACCCUUUCUCUCUUCGGAGGUUAGUCAUGGUGGUGGGAAAGUAUCAAUCAGCAGGAUGACAUGAUUACCAAAGUGAUACUUCCACUCUUGGUUACAAUAAUCUGCAUCGCCUGGUACAAAUGGGUGACCAAGGAUGCAGUAGAUAAAAGAAGUAAUCCACCGUUGCCAUCGGGACCGAGAGACUUGCCGUUGGUUGGAAGCCUUCCAUUUCUCAGUGCCGAUCUUCAUCGGUGCUUUGCCGAAUUAGCUCAGACAUAUGGCCCAAUAAUGAAGAUUCAACUGGGAGGCAAGCUCUGUAUCGUAGUGAGUUCUUCUUCCCUAGCAGGGGAGAUUAUGCGAGACCAUGAAACCGUAUUUGUCAAUCGUGAUGUUUCGCCGGCGGCUGACAUCUUCUCCUACGGUGGUUCAGACAUGGUGUUUAGUCUCUAUGGUCCACAGUGGCGUGCAAUUCGGUCUGUAUGUGUUAAAGAGAUGCUAAACAAAACGAGACUCGACGCCUGUUACUCUCUUCGACGACGGGAGGCUCGCGGGAUGCUCAGCAGACUUUACUCCAAGGUUGGGACUCCCAUCAAUGUUGGCGAACGAAUGUUUGAGACAAUUUCCAAUGUGAUUAUGAGCAUGUUGUGGGGUGGCACGCUCAACGAAGAAGAGAGGAGCAUCGUCGGUGUUGAAAGCAGGAAAGCCACAAAGGAAUUUUCCGCUCUGUUGGGAAGACCCGACAUUUCAGAUCUUUUCCCUGUUCUGGCCUGGUUUGAUAUUCAAGGUGUGAAAAGAAAAACGAAGAGGAUCCACAUUCGGCUCGAUCAGCUUUGCCAAUCUGUCAUAGAUCGACGAAUAGAGAUUGAAAGACAACAGACAGAGGAAAGCAAUGGUCAACAAAGAAAAGACCUCGUGCAAUUCCUUCUGCAGCUGAACAAAGAAGGGGACCCCAAAAGGCCCAUGACUUCAGUCAUGAUGAAAGCUUUACUUUUGGACGUUUUGCUGGCUGGAUCGGAGACAUCGGCGACGACGGUGGAGUGGGCAAUGGCUGAAAUGAUGCAGCACCCGGAGAUACUGAGAAAAGUUCAGGUGGAGUUAGAAGAAGUUGUUGGGAUGAAUAAUGUUGUAGAAGAGUCCCAUUUGCCAAAGUUACAAUAUUUGAAUGCAGUGAUAAAGGAAACCCUGCGACUACACACAACGCUGCCACUCAUUCUCCCCAGACGGGCGGCUCAGACAUGCAUCAUAGGCGGCUACACAAUCCCAGAGGGAGCACGAGUCUUUGUAAACUUGUGGGCAAUACACAGAGACCCUACAAAUUGGGACAACCCCUCCCAGUUCCAACCAGAGAGGUUCUUGAACGAAACCAACAACUGGGACUUCAAUGGCAAUGAUUUUCGUUAUUUUCCUUUUGGGUCUGGGAAAAGGAUUUGUGUAGGGGUUCCCAUGGCAAGGAGAAUGGUCCCCUACAUUUUGGCUUCUCUGCUGCAUUCCUUUGAUUGGAAAAUUACAGAAGAAAUGGAGCUUGAUCUUUCUGAAAAAUUUGGGCUCAGUAUCAGGCCAGCAAAGCCAGUAUUUGCCAUCCCCACCCCAAGGUUGUCUAAUAUACAACUUUAUGUUUGAACUCUCUAUUUUCAGAUUAGUCGAAUGAGGUGCCAUACUGCUGUCGUGUCUGUACCGUUUUCCCUCUAUGUUCUGGAACGCAUGAGACCAUCAGUCCAAGUGGAAUAUUUACAUACACUUGUUAGACGGAUAAUUUAAGCACUGCGCAUCUUGUAUGUUA